AUUUCCAGCAAUGUUAUAAACGAGCAGCGAUGUCCGGUGGUCCUCAGGCCAAUUCAAGAGCAGGGUGGAGCAACUCCUCUCAUGUGAGCAGCCCAGAAAGGGACAGCGAGACCUUUAACAGCAGAGACUCUGGGCAGGGGGACUCUCGGAGCGUGACCCCCGUGGACGUGCCAGUGACAAGCCCAGCACCCGCCAUCCUGCCAGUACAUGUCUAUCCCCUUCCUCAGCAAAUGCGAGUUGCCUUCUCAGCAGCUAGAACGUCCAACCUGGCUCCUGGCACUUUAGACCAACCUAUUGUGUUUGAUCUUCUCUUGAACAACUUGGGAGAGACCUUUGAUCUUCAGCUUGGCAGAUUCAGUUGCCCGGUGAAUGGCACCUACGUGUUCAUUUUCCACAUGUUAAAGCUGGCAGUGAACGUGCCACUGUAUGUCAACCUCAUGAAGAAUGAGGAGGUCUUGGUAUCAGCCUAUGCCAAUGACGGUGCUCCAGACCAUGAGACUGCGAGUAACCAUGCUAUUCUACAGCUCCUCCAGGGAGACCAGAUAUGGUUACGUUUGCACAGGGGAGCAAUUUAUGGAAGUAGCUGGAAAUACUCAACAUUUUCAGGCUAUCUUCUUUAUCAAGAUUGAAAGGCGGUUCAGAGCUGACAGUAAAAGGUGGUAGUCUCACCAGUGGGAUCCAGGGAAAAGUAGUCCUUGCCCUGGUGACUGACUGGUUUGGGAAAAUGUUUGGUUCCUCGGGAAGGAGGAGGAGUCCUUGUUUGUUUUCCUCCUUAGGUGAGAACUUUCCAGCAGAAUGACAGCUCUAAUUUGGCAUUUCAUACAUUGUGAUGUAGCCUCCGCUAGUACUGCAGUGAAUGUAUAUUGUUUGCACUUAACCCUUAACUGUGCUAACCCGGUCAGCUUACUGAACUGACUGCCUCAACGCCAGACAAGUUACAACGCCUUGUUGUGCCUCAAUAAAAUACUUAACUGCAC